AUUAACACAAAUUUCCUGCAGGUUUGCCUGACGUUCUGAAGCUGCGCGUGUGGGAGUUGCGUCGCACAGCGGUGGUCCUAACUUGGAACAUGUACUGUCCGGAAGACAUGCGCAAGCUACUCGGAUACUCAAUCUACUACAUUGCUGCUGAAAAGAACGUCACGCUGUACGACCAGAGAGACGCUUGCACUGAUACCUGGAACGUCCUCGACAUGACAAUAGACGAGGCUCGCAACGGGACCAGAGACGAGCUGCCGCCGCCGGAGACGAACAAGACGAGCAUGAUCCUGAACCCGUGCAGCAACAUGCAGCCGUCGUUCUACCCGGUGACGCCGCUGGUGCCGUUCACGCGGUACGCGGCCUACGUGAAGACCUACACCACCAUGCAGGACCGCCGCGGGGCGCAAAGCUCCAUUAUCUACUUCAAGACUCUGCCCGGAGCCCCGAGUCCGCCCACAAGCGUGACGGUGGAGCUUCGAACCCCGUACUCAGUGUCCAUAAAGUGGGCGCCGCCGACCAUGCCGAAUGGUACGAUCAUCCUUUACCACGUGGAGGUGCACGCCAACAGCUACAACAAGCCCAAAAUACUAGCCGGGAACAUCAACUACUGCGGGAAGCCAAAUGCACUAGCGAAUAUGAUAAAAGCAAGUUUGGAAGAAGCGCCCGAGACGCAAGAGGAAAAGACCACUGGCGACGUGAAGAAUGGCUCCUGCGCGUGCAACGAGGAGUCCAAGUCCAGCACCAGGUUCACUUCCCGCGCAGAGGAGGAGCGGAUGGAGAGCAUCAACUUUGAAAACGACGUGCAGAAUCAGGUUUACAAGAAAGCAGACCGUCCGAAGUCGAAGACGAUGGCGAACCGCAUCAAACGCUCGCUCGACAUAAGCCUCAGCAGCAUGCUCGUCAAGCUGACAGAGAACAGAGACCCGCGCCCCGGCUUCAACUACUCCAACUCCACCGACGAAGACGUAAAGUGCAGUCGCGUCGAGCCUAACCUAUGCGUCGUUAUGGAUAAUAAAACAGGUUACGUCAAGUCGCUGUACUACGAGCUGGACGGCAAGACGGAGUCGCUGACGGUGGACAGCAUGCGGCACUUCACGUGGUACACCGUCAACAUCUGGGCGUGCCGCGCGCGCGCCGACAACGAGACCAAGGAGCAGUACGACGACACCUGGUGCUCCGAGCGCGCCUACUACACCUUCCGCACCUCCGAGCUGCCGAACGCAGACGUUGUGAACAAUUUUAAAGCGGAGAUCGUGAAAUCUAAUAAAACCUUUCCCGACGUAAACUUGAAGUGGGACCCACCGGCCAACCCGAACGGGUUCGUCGUCGCGUACAACGUGCAUUACUCGCGAGUCGAAGACAGCAAUCAGGGUCAAGACGUCGGCCUGGGGACGUGCAUCAUCUCCGACGACUUCGAGACGGCGAAGCACACGCACACGCUGCGCGCGCUGUCGCCCGGCAACUACAGCGUACGCGUCACGCCCAUCACCGUCAGCGGCGCCGGGAACGUCUCCAAUGACGUCUACGUCUUCAUACCGGAGCGAGCGGUGGAGUCGGGGUACGAGUGGGCGUGGGGGCUGGCGGGCGGCGGCGUGGUGAUGCUGGCGCUGCUGGGCGGCGGCGUGUGGUACGCGCGGCGCGGCCUCAUGUCGCCCAACGAGAUCAGCAAGCUGUUCCCCAGCGUCAACCCCGAGUACGAGUCCACGGUGUACGUGCCGGACGAGUGGGAGGUGCCGCGCGCCAACAUCGAGUUUAUACGGGAACUCGGACAAGGCUCUUUCGGCAUGGUGUAUGAAGGGAGAGCGAAGAAUAUCGAAAAAGGCAAACCAGAAACUCGGUGCGCUGUGAAAACUGUCAAUGAGCAUGCCACUGACAGGGAGCGCAUCGAGUUCCUGAACGAAGCGUCGGUGAUGAAGGCGUUCGACACGUUCCACGUGGUGCGGCUGCUGGGCGUGGUGUCCCGCGGCCAGCCCACGCUGGUCAUCAUGGAGCUGAUGGAGUUCGGCGACCUCAAGACUUACUUGCGCUCGCAUCGGCCCGACGCCGACUCCUCGUGCCCAAGAAGGACGCCGCCGGCGACCCACCCACACCGCAAAAAUAUUUUGCAAAUGGCUAUCGAGAUAGCUGACGGUAUGGCCUACCUAUCGGCCAAAAAAUUCGUGCACCGCGACUUAGCGGCACGUAAUUGCAUGGUCGCCGGCGACCUCACGGUAAAAGUGGGGGAUUUCGGCAUGACCAGAGAUAUUUAUGAGACUGAUUAUUAUAGGAAAGGCACUAAGGGCCUACUGCCGGUGCGAUGGAUGAGCCCCGAGAGUUUGAAAGACGGGGUAUUUUCCAGUAAUAGCGACGUGUGGAGUUACGGCGUCGUGUUAUGGGAGAUGGCAACACUAGCCAUGCAGCCAUAUCAGGGCCUGUCGAACGAGCAGGUGGUGCGGUACGUGGUGGAGGGCGGCGUGAUGGAGCGGCCGGAGCACUGCCCGGACCGGCUGUACGAGCUCAUGCGCCAGUGCUGGUCGCACCGCGCGGCGGCGCGCCCGUCCUUCCUGCGCCUCGUGGCCGACCUCGCGCCGCACGCGCAUGCGCACUUCCGACACCGCUCCUUCUUCCACUCGCCGCAGGGGCAGGAGAUGUACGCGCUGCAGCGAUCCGCUCUCGACGAGGAGCAGGAGAUGCAAGAAGUGAACGUGGGCGCGGUGGCGACGGGCUCCGGGUCGAACCUGUUCGGCGUGUCGGGGCGCCUGGCGUCGUGGGUGCGCGAGCUGUCGUCGCUGCGCUCGCGCACGUCCAUGGACGCGGCGGCCGAGGCGCUGCAGCCGCUGCAGCCGCUCGCGCCCGCGCCCGCCGUCGUCAAGGGUCCCAACGGCGUGCUGCGACCCUCGCACGCGUCCCGCGCGCCCUAGCCGCGCCCGCCCCUCUACCUCUAUCUACCUCAGGCCGGCCGCGUGCCGCCGCACGGCCGGCUCUUCGAAUCCUAGGUGUAAGCGUAGCUAGUGAAAUGUUCCACGCGUCGGUGGACUUGUUGCGCGGGCGAGGGGGCGGGGGGCGGGGGCGGUGCGGGGUCCGUUGUGUCCGCAUUUAUUCCGAGUCCGCGCCCGGCGCCGGCGUGGGCGCCGGUGUUCCCGAGGGCUCGCCGGGUCUCGCCCCGAGUCCGUGUCGGGCCGACGUGUCUCGACGUGAAUCCUAUGUAGUUUACCUCAUUAUGAUAGUUGUAACGGUGUCAUUUUGACAUAGCCUACUAAAUGUUAAGUUUACCGUGUAAGAUGUAAAGCGUGUUUAGUUUUGUUGUGUAGACGAGAACGUGUACAAAUUAAUUUUAUUAAUUUUCGAUAUAGAUGACCGCUCGAGCGCAAGUACGUGACGAGUGCCAAGUUUGUUGAAGUUGUUGCGUUGUUGUUACGAACACUUUUUGUUGAAAGUGGGCUGUAAUACGAAUUUGUCACUCGCCCUUGCUGAUGCGUUUUUAUAAAGCCGUUUAAAAUACUCAGUGUUUCAAUGUACCGUUUUAUAAUACUUGUCACUAUCGUUAUUUAUUGAUGAAACUUCAUAAAUCGAUCGGAAUUGAUCACCAAAGAUUUGGAUUAUUUUAUAAAUUUUCAGUUAUAUUUGGUACAGAAGUAGAAUUGAUCAGCAUGCGUGCCUGGCAGUGCCAGUGCACGUCCACGGCAUACCAAUUACCGAGUAAGGGAUUGUCAUAGUGUGUGUAUAGGCUGUAUAUAAUGUCUUAUUAUAUAUUAUUCACGCAUAUUAUGGUAUGCAUCAUAAAAUAUAAUUACCUAUGCCGAAAUCAAUGUGUUCCGUAUCGACUAAAAUGCAAUAGUUAUACCUGCCAUUGUUGUUACUUAGAUAUGAAAAUAUAUAUGAACGAGGUCUAGCUGAUAUUGCAAGACUUAGUUGUGUAUGCACAUAGUAAAAAUUUUAUAAAUUUAAUUAAGUACUGAAUAUUUUAAUAUGUAUUCAAUUAAUGACCGUAAAUGUAAUAUAAUUAAUCUCUCUGUAAUCGUAUUUAAAAGGUGAGACGUUAAAUGAAUAUUUAAAAUGUAGGUAGCUGUGCUACUCGGUAACCACCACGAACGGUUUAGUUUCGACAUUUUACAUACAAUUGUUUAAGGCAGCGAAAAGCGAAGAGCGAAACGAGAAUGUGCGAUUGGCUAAUUAAUUUUAUAAUGUUUAUGAUGACUCAUGAAGUAAGAACUAAGCAUCAUCGCGGGUUGGACUUAAAGUAUUUUAUAAUAAGAAAUUUGAAAUUGUUUUAUUAUAUUGGUAACUUAAUAUUUAUAUACUUAUCAGCAAUUGAAUAGCUAUAUAUCAAACGAUUAUGUAAAAUAUAUGCUAGCUGCAUUAUGUACAUUGUAUUGUAUAUUAAACCAACCAAAGUUAGACUCCAAUAUACAAACGGUGCGCGUCGGAGCUCGGCCGUCACAGCUGGGCGAGUUCUGCCGUCACAGGCGGGCGAGCUCUGCCGUCACAGCUGGGCAAGCGCUGCCCUCACAAGUGGGCGAGCUCUGCCGUCACAGCUGGGCGAGCGCUGCCGUCACAAGUGGACGAGCUCUGCCUUCUCAGGCGGGCGAGCUUUGCCAUCACAGCUAGGCGAGCGCUGCCGUCACAGGCGGGCGAACUUUGCCGUCACAGGCGGGCGAGCUCUGCCGCGCUGCUAAUUAUUACGAUAUUGUGGUAUAAGGGUAUAAACGAGUGCCUUCAGACAUCCAGCCUUCAGUGGAACGCAGGAUUGUUGAUUGUGUGAUGUGGACACAGGACACGGGACACGGCAGUGCUGCUACUGGCACAGAUGGUAUACGAACUAUGAAACAAACAGUUCCGUUUGUGCUAUGUUAAGUACAUUACAAUAUGAUACAAUAGAAUAAUCACUUUGGGAACACAGACUGUUACUUAUAUUUUAUUUUUUAUAGACUAGAAUAUAAAACCGUUCUCCUUGGUUACACAAUCAAGAACCUGUCCGCGGGAAUUCAAUUCAACAAGGUUGGCUGCAAGUAUGGAUGAUUUAUUACGUAUGGCUUGCUGAUAGUAUUUUAUUUAUAUUGUUCGGAGCCGCCGUCAGUCGUCACUCCUCGCGGGGGCCACUGGCCAGUGAGUGGGACAUGUCGGCGUGAGUCGGGAGGACAGAGACGGGGGCUAGGCGAAUGGUAAACGUACACAUCACUGUAUUGUCGUGAGGGGCUCAAGGCACGUUGCAUCAUCGGUCGUUAACUUUGAUUAGUAAAUUGGUCUCCACUCAUGUAUGUGAUUUUCCAAAGUCCAAAUGUUUGUUUAUUUUUAUAAAUUGCAUAGUGCCUUUUGCUCAAUUAGUGGAAAA